AAAAUCAAGAACCUUGGGACGAUCAAAGGUCAGAAUGGGUCCGAGAAGGCGAGAAGGAUGUAGCUAUUAAGAUAUUUAAAAAUGCAAUCAAACUUAGUUCUGAAUUCUUGGUUGAGUUAGAAAAUAGUCUAAAGUUUCUUAAAUUAAGCUAUAUGACUCGAAUUUAUGGUCUGACCUGUAAUCCGCAAACUGGUGAAUAUGCCAUAGUCCUUCAAUUUCAACGCUUUGGCAACUUGAGACAGUAUCUUUUGAAACAUCUCGAAAGUUUAGAAUGGUUUGAUCUAAUUCGAAUUUUCAGGGAUAUUAGUGAAGGAUCAGAUCCUGAAAACCGGCCUAAGGCAGAAUUUUUACAUGAAACUUUAAGUAAAUGGACCUACUCUUUAUCUAUGGAUACUGAAUCCAUAGAAAAGCGUGAAAAAAAAUGGAAAAAACGAUUAGCCGAAAAACUUCCAAUUCUAUUACAGCGCAACCUUAUUUCCCAAAAUCAAAUUAUUAAUAGCGAAAACCUAAACAUCCCUGAAAAAGAUCUUUCUGGUCUUAAAGAAAUUUGGUUUGAAGGCCAAGUAGAAAAUUUGGAAAUUCCGUAUGAAGAGCUCAAAAUCUCGCCGGUGCCUUUGGGAGGAGGCAGGUGUGGAGAGCUUAGACGCGCUACUUGGAUUAAAUUUGAGAAAAUUAAAGAACUUAAGAAACAUUUUAUACAUGAGGAACAACAUCUUCUUGUUAUUGAGUAUGCAAACUGCGGCAAUCUUGAAAAUUUUCUUGAGAACCAAUUCGUAUUCAAACGUUUAUCGUGGUUAGAUAAAUUACAAUUGGCACUUGGUAUUGCAGAGGGUCUCAAAUGCCUUCAUAAUGCAGACAUAAUUCAUCGAGAUCUACAUCCAGGCAACAUCUUGCUCCAUGAUCCCAAUCCCGAUCCAAAAAUCUUGACCGUACCGAUCCCCAAAAUUAGCGAUUUUGGCGCAGGAAAGCGUAUAGGCCUGACUACUUCUCACAGGAAUGGAGUCAUGGGAGCUAUUCGUUAUCGAGAGCCUCAGCGUCAUGACGAAAAGGAUACUCCUUUGCAAAAAUGGUCAGACAUUUUUUCACUUGGCGUUAUUAUGUGGCAAAUAUCCAGUGGUCGAGCACCUUUCGAAGAUGAGAUUCAUAAAGAGGAACUAUCUAAAAAAAUUAAAGAUGGUGCGAGAGAAACGAAGAUUGAGGGCACUCCAGAUAGAUAUGGUUAUCUCUUUGAAGAUUGUUGGAAAUUUGAACCAAAAAGUCGUCCUAAUAUUAACCAAGUUGUAGAUAUAUUGAUGGAAAUAAAAAUUAAAGAAAGUGAAAACAAAUUUAAAAAAAGCCAAGGUAUUUUUUCUACAACAUAA